UUCGUUUUCUUGCUUCUUCUUCGUCUUCUACCUUUCACCAUCUUCAUCAAAACUAAACAUUAUUUACUUCUGUCUUAUUAUUCAACUAAUUAGACAUACAAGUGCGACCAUUGUUGCAACUAGUAGCCUAUAAAUCUUCUAGUUCCGUCUUGCCACACAAAGAUCUUGAAGAUUUUGACUUCUACAGGAAAAAAAAAAAACAAUACAAAAGUUUCUUUUAUAGUUUCGAUGGCUGUUGUUAGAGCCUUCAUGUCUAAGCUCAUGCCUCGAGUACCCAUACUGAACACCAUGCAAUGGAGAAUUACUCCUGUUCGAUGUGCUUCUGGACCCGUAUUGCCAGGUCUUGGUACAGGAAGCGGUCCACAGAUCAAUCUCAUACCUGAAGGUGAUACUAUUACAGAUGAGGACGAUCAGGAGCAGAAAGAUGUCAACACCUCAAACAACAUGUAUAUCAACGAAGAUGAAAUCGUGGAGGAGCCAAUUCCAGCACAAGUCAAUGAUUAUGGAAGCUCAGAUGAGUCUCCGAUUAGUAAUGAAUAAGGUUCCGACAUGGAUGCAUGGGAGUACGUGAUGGGUUUAUUAAGAUUUUUUUGGUUUGCCAUUGCACCUCGUAUAUUAGAUGUAUGAAUGGUUUGGAAUAAAGCUUGUGCUUGAUGAGCUUACGUGUGGUAUAUUAUUGAGGUUGAUCGAAAAAAUUAUCGUUAUUAAUUAGA